AUGGCAACUAAAACCAGUUCUUGUUCCUCUUCUCUGAGUCUCUUCUGUUCUCCUUUGACAAUUGGUACAAACAAGCCAUUGAUAGGAGGUCCUCCACUUUCUCCUAUUGCAUUAAUGGAUAUAUCAGAUGAUAUACCAAAAGUAUCUGAAUUGAUAGAGUUUCAUGAGUUAUUGAUCAAAGGACAACUGGAGGAGUCUCUACCACUGCUUGAUGCUGAUUCUAUAAGAAAGAUUAGAAAUGCUGUUAAUGAUCAUGAAGGACUGUCUCUUCUUAGACAAGCAUUUGAAGAACAUCCAACACUGCUACAUGAAAUGAGAGUAGCUACUGGAAAAAUAAAAGGGAAUGCUCCAGUUAUUUCUCAGUUAAAUAAUCAUCUCUUUUCAUCUGAUCUCAUUCCUACAGCAGUACAUGUUACUGUUGAAAUUCCUUCAGUACUCACUUCUUAUGAUAGAGCUAAUAAAAUAUUCUCUUCAGUACUAGCAACACUUAAGUGUCAUCCUAAUCCUAACAGUGUGUUCUCUUCUCUCAUUACUUCACUACAGAAAGUAGGACUAAGGAACAUGGCAUCUAAACUAAUGGAAAACUUAAAAAUGAAAGGUGGUCAUGUUGAUCCUAAUCUAGAGCAGCAACCAUCAGUCAGUAAGGAACCACUUCAACCAGUGGAUGUCACUGCACAAUCUCACACACCACAACCAACAAUCACUGGAUCACAAUCAUCUACUCCUACUACUGUUAUUGAGCUCAGUUCAAAGAGUGAAGUUGCUGCCAAUAUUAAAAGUCUUCAUUCUCGUUUUGCAUCUCUUGAUUCUAAUAUAAGAGAUGAGUUUGAGGAGCUGGUGAAAAGGGGUCAAUUGAAUCUUAAAGCUGUAGCUAGGAGUGCAGCCACUUAUUUAAGCAUUAAAGUAUCCAGUUUGAAACAUGAUGACGUUGAUGAAUUAUUUGAUUCCCUUCAGCCUCAUUAUGAUUUCUUCAGCUGUGGUGGUGUACUUCAACACUUAGCAAACAAAUAUCUUUCAACUGCACAAAUUGAACUAACUCAAUACAUUGAUAGUGUUGAUAAAUUCUCAGAAUCAUCACAAUUGAAGCACAUACGAUCAACAAUCAAAGAGAAAUUGUCAUCAUUACCAGCAGCAGCCUCACCAACCACUAGUGAUCAAACAAAACCAGUUGUUAUUAAACUGAAUGACAGAUGGGAAGAAAUGACAAUAAGUAAACUCAAGGCAGUUCUCAAGCAUUACUUUGGAGUAACAUCAGAUCUCUUUAGUCACAUUAGCUUUGAUUAUGGUUCAUUUGUCAUUACACUGUUAAUACCAACCUCACUAUCACAGUCUCUUAUUGAUGCUAUCAAUAACAAAACAAACUCAAUGAGUAGAUUAGGAAUAUUGGAAGUUGCUGUUGACAAUAAAGUGAUUCCUAUCAGAAGAAAGGAUGAUAACAAUUUUGACGUUUCACUCCAUGAAUCAGUUAAAGCUUGUGAAUUUUUUGAAGUAUCAAUGCUACUGCAGUUAGGAGCUGAUCCUAACAGUAAAGAUGAGAGAGGAAAGAGUGCAGUAGAGAUAGCUAAAGAAAGAAAAUUCACUCAAUUAAAAGAAAUACUAUUACCUGGUGGAGGUGAGUUAUUUUUUUUGGAUAAUAAAUAA